GUUAAACGUCAAUACUGGUCCUAUUGGGCUCCAGUAUAUUAUUGGUAUCCAGACUAUUACUACUAUGAUUAUCCGGGUUAUUUGAACGCAUGGUAUUGGGGCAGCUCCUAUUGUUACUAUUAUCCUUGCUCGUACGGUUACGACUACGGCUACGGUGAAACCGCUUACGGCACGGGAGCAGUNUUCAGAGGGCGUGAGUUCGAUUCGAUUGAUCUGUUCAGAGGGCGUGAGUUCGAUUCGAUUGAUCUGUUCAGAGGGCGUGAGUUCGAUUCGAUUGAUCUGUUCAGAGGGCGUGAGUUCGAUUCGAUUGAUCUGUUCAGAGGGCGUGAGUUCGAUUCGAUUGAUCUGUUCAGAGGGCGUGAGUUCGAUUCGAUUGAUCUGUUCAGAGGGCGUGAGUUCGAUUCGAUUGAUCUGUUCAGAGGGCUGGAACCUCUUCGAUAG